AUGGCAAGACCCUUGGAGAAACCAAACUCCAGCCCCUGCAUUGUGAACCAUCAUAUUCCCCUUCAGGAUGACGUUGCUACCAAGCAACGUCGGAUGUCCGAGAGCAGCACAGGGCCUGACGAGGUGCGGCCAAUUCUUUCAUACCCUCUUGGCUUUAAUUGUUUGAUUGUAAACAAAAUGCAUCUCCAGGAUGUUGACCUCACAAUUCGUAGAGAAACUCAAGAUUUUGAUUCUGAAUAUGAAGAAGACUCGGACGGACGUAUGCUUGACCCAAAGAUGAUAAGGCAAGGCCCCCUCCCAACCUCCGAAGAUGAGGAUGACGAGCCAAGUACUGACGAUUCGGACAAAGAAGGUGAUUCCUUGGCCACCAAUUUAAUGCCAUCUCAGGCCAAACAGCUCCAAGGGAUCAAGUACAAAGAGUCAGGAGACAGAAAAGAUUUGGAUAAUACCCAAAGAACAGCGACUCACAAGGUGGAGAUCAAGAAAGCCAGUGAGUCAUACCAGAUUUGGAAAGACCUCCACGACACCACCAAGGCCCGAGUGGACGCAAUCCGGACCAACAAUGACAUUGAUGACACAGCCAUAAUGAAGGAACUGGCAGGGUUGAGCAGAAAACUCCACCAGUACAAUCUGUCUGUCCAAGCAAAGAAGCGCGACUUGGAUAAGUUAAUCAGCCAAGGAGAAGAAGAGUUUGUAGAGAUCAUUGUGUGGAACAGCCCCAAGCGCAAACGUUCCCGAAAUGACAACAAACCUCCCAAGCUUCUUUACAAGCGCCAAAAGUUUUAUUCACUUGAAGCUGAGGAGAGUAGAAGUGGAGAUGAUGGUGCGGGCAAGCAAAAGCGUAAGACCAAGUCAUCUAGUAGAUGUUCAGGAGAGCAUAGUGAUACUGAUGAAGAAUAUUCAGCUGGGAGAGGAGAAAAAGAUAAAGACAAAGGGUUGUAUGAAGACCAGAAUGAAGAAAGCGGUAGCGAAAUAGAUGAGGACAAAGAUGUUGGUGUGAAGGAGUCAACGAGCCAAUCCAAACCCACACCUGCUGCUUCUGGACCUGCAACUUCCAGCACGCCUGUCCUCACCCCAUUGCCCAUCGAUGAGUCCUCUUUGUACCACAUCUCCAAUGUAGACUUGCUUUGUGAGUUCACACCCUCUUAUUUCCAUGCCACUGCCAUUCCUUGUUAUACCAGCCCCCUACUUCAUCUGUUGCUGGGACAUGCUUGUGAACCUAUAUGCCAUCUGCCUCAUAUUAACUUCCUUGGACACGAGAUCCUCAAGAACAUCUCACCUUUGGAGUCUACAUAUAUUCGUGACUUUACCUCAUCCCUCCCAUCCAAUCAAUUUGACUGGGGUAUUGCUCUCAGUGGAAGUGUUAGGGAUUGCAUUUGUUUCUGGGGGUAUUCAAUGAAGUCCAACGAAGGGAAACCUUUGCCGGAGGAGAUGGAGCCCUUUGUGGCUAGAAUGAAGCACUUGUGUGAGGAUAAGGAAAUGGAAAAACAUUUGAAAACAGCCCCCAGGCUCAUGCAGCUGUCCAGCACAGAUCCGUACCUCACUGGAGAUUCCCUCAACUGGGAGCUGGUUUCAGAGUCAACCCGCUACCCCUGGACAAAAAGGAAUGGGCUUUUUAGGGCUUUGCAUGCUAUGUCCUGUCGCACUGACAACAAGUUGCAAUGGUCCACCGAGUCAUCUAUCCAAAUUGAACUGAAAUCAGCGUAUCCCACCCUCCGUAAAAUCCUUCAGGACAGCAUUGAGCUAAUCUCUUAUAAUACUCAGCAUGACAACAUCAUAAUUGAGACUACUGGGCCACAUGCUAUUCCGCCUGAUUGUGUUGCCAUGUCUAAAACCGUUGGUUGGGUAUUUCAGCAGAUCAUGAUUCGAGGUCAAGCGGAGGAGGACGUUGGACAGAAGAAGGUUCACAAGCACGGCAUUGGGUGGUUUCAACGUAGACUCUUAUUAGUGCUUACCGGUGUGAUGCUAGUUUAUGAGAGGACUGUUUACAAUGCUAAGCUGGCAACUUUUCUUACUGAAAAGAAGCGUACUCGGGAUGAAAUAAGCUCAAUGAAAAAGUACCUCAAGUAUGCCUCAUGUAUCAAUCAAUUUUCUCACAAUUGGGUCUUUCAGCAUCCGGAAAGAACAAUCAAGAAUGCUAACUUAUCAACUGAAGAACUGGAAGAAGCUCUCGACAAUGUCACUGGUGAAGAUAUCAAAAGAACUGCGAUAUAUGAAGCCAGCUAUCUUCAAGCGGAUGCCCUUCAGGCGCUGGCCAUGUUUCUUCUGUAUGGGACUGCCGGGCUAUUUCACGUUUGGACUAAUCAUAGAGAUCAGAUGCUCCAUGAUGCUUCCUAUGCUAUCAACCUUGCCGCUAUUUUGUCCAAAAGGCAUGCUAACGCAGUGAAAAACAAGGAGCGUCGACCUCAUUCUUAUUACGACCGGGCAUGGAAUCAUCUUGACCAUCACAUGUUUACCACGCUCUCAGAGUUCAUCAAUGACGAAGGCGAGUUCAAAAAGAAUAUCAAGUGGCCACGGUUGACUAGAGAGUUCAAUACUCGGUUCAAUGCCAAGACCCUUUCCUCCUUGUACACUCUGGAUCUUCAGUCUGAGCUCUUCAACCCUGGUCAAACUCUUGCUCCAGACGGAACGGUGGCUCCUCCCGUGGCAUUUCAUGGUCUCAAAAAUCUACCCGGCUUGGCACCAGAAUCCGCAGAAUUUAGAAAGAUAUGGACUCAGACUGAAGAUAAAGUCGAUGCGGAGCCACAGGUGGAUGCCACCAUGGCCCGGAAGGACAAGAAUAAGGGUAAAGUACCCAAAGUGGUCAGCUCACCAUCUAUAUAUCUUUAUUUGAUUAAAAAUAUCUCCGUUCCUAACCCACUGGUGUUUGCAGUCAUAAUACCACCACCUACAACCACAUUCAAGCCUCAGUUCUACUUUGACCUUUCCUCGCCCAUUUUAAGAAUAUUGCUAAGCUUUUGCUUCUUGGUCGUGCACGUCAGCAGCUGUGAGUACCAAUUCCUCGCUUUUAUGACAAAUUUGGCGAGGUUUUGCCCCUUAGCACUUGUGCAGAGCUCAGAAUCCCUGACAUCCUCUAUGAUGGAAACAGUCAUGCCGUUUGGAUGUGGCAAAUGUGCUUUAACCUUUGAAAAGAAGAGCCAAGCCGACUUUCAUCGCCGUGUUGCUCAUCAAUUAGUGGUUCAAGUUACAACCUACCAUGGAGUACAGAUGGAUCUCAAGCGAGGAGAUAGUGGUUUCUUCAGCUGUCCCAGUUCUGGAUGUGAUUACGAGUCGGACAACACUGCCUACUUGGUGAAACAUGUAUUGGGUUGUCAAUUGACCGGCCCACGUGCUCCAGCUGUGGAAGAGAAACAUUUUCCUGGAAAAGUGGUACCCCCUGGGGUAGAGGUUGAAUUCAAUGAUGCUCUGGCAAAGUACCAUUUGAUGUGGAAUACUCGUGCUUGUAUCACAAUUUGUACUCAAUGCAACAAAGGUGUCCCAUUGUCUGAGGUAGCUGGCCAUCGCAAAAGACACAAUCCUUUGGGCACAGUUCACACCAAGGACGUCUUGGAGGACCUAAAAGAAUAUGUAUCAAAAGAGAACCCGGGUAAACUUCCUAUUGGAUACGUGUGGGGGGAGCCCUGUGAUCCUAUCCAGGGCUUGAAAAUAUACAAUGGUUUUAGCUGUUUGAUUUGUCAAAGGGCUUUGCGUGCCGAGUCAACUCUCUACAACCAUUUUUACUAUCACCACAGAGUUCCCAACAGUGUGCCAAGGACUCCUUCACCUGAGCCUCUGGGUUACUCUGAAGCUAUCAAGAAGCUUAUGGGACAACUGGAAGAACACGCGUCACAAUCCCACCUGGUCCCCGAUCCGCAGGACGACAAUCAACUCUCUAACUGGCUCUACGUCUCUGGAAUCCACGACUACAUCAACAGACAUAUUCGGGAUGGGAAAUCAAUUGUGGAGCUAAUGAUUCCUGAGGAGGAGGAUGUGUUUGUGCAGACAAUGGUACCCUACAUUGCCUAUUGGAUUAAUCAGAUCAUGAGGAAACUACACAAAACAGGCCAGCUGUUGAAACACCAAUGUUUGGCUGAAACAAGCGAGCUUGAGGACAACAAAGGUAUAAUGCCCUUGCAGGAGAAAGCUUCAGUCAUCAAAUACUCAACUACCAUUGCCCGUUUCAUGCAAUUCUUGAUGAAUGAAGCGAAAUCCCCACUUGAUCCAAACACUCAGCUCUACAAGGUUCAUAUUGGCUUACUUGCCAACCUCAGCAAAGCGGUCUCCUCAGCCAUCCUUGUUCAACCAGAGGACCCAGAUCCGGAAGACAAACCAUUGCAGCAUCAACCAGAACUCUUUGAUCCUAUCUCAAAACAUGUCUCACGAAUUCUCUGCUCCAUCUUUCAAGUCUAUUGUAGUGCUGCAGACUGUCAGUACUGGUUACCUGCCUGCCAGUAUUUGGCUCGUUCAAUGCUCAAAGUCGAUGGCUCCUACGAUGCUCCGGAUAACUUUACUCGCCGUAUUGCUCACAUUCAGUAUGGUGUCCGCUUGGCUUUUGCUGAAGAGUUUCUCGCUGAAGCAGCUGGGCGGGAAGGUUUCAAUCCAGAAGCUGAUCCAACGUUGCCUUCAAAGGACGACUUCACUAAAUUCAAGUUUCUUCAUAAAGGACCUUCAGCUCCAUUUAAUAUCAUGCGUCAGCUCAUGCACCUAGCAACUACUGUCCACAUGUCCGAGGGGCUUCCAGAUGCUACCUUCUGGGCUGAUCACAACCAAGAAACUCUAGAAAUCAACAACAAAACGGUCACGAUCUCUGGAAUACGCUCUUGUAUUCAAUUGCAGGACAAAAUGGCUGAAGUUGAUCUACAUGAAAUUGUCAAAGGCUGCAAGCUUCCUCCUUUUGAUCUUUCUUUAUAUUCAGACAAACCCAAUAACACAUCACCUGGUUACAACUACCUGACUCAAUCUCAGCUUUUCACAAAAAAUAUCACUUUCACCUUCUCAAGGAAUGGGCUACCAAAAAGGAUGUUCAUGGUUUGA